CUUUCCCCAUGACGUUGAUGUACAGCCCGCCAAAUCCCACCUUUCACAUGCGAACAUGCAAACAUAGCCCUUGAGGUCAAUCAACAAUUUCCACCAUGGGUCUAAUCGAGGCAGUGUACAUAUACAACGAGCGCAACAAUGCCAUCGUAACACAUACAUUCACUGCGCGUCCACCGCCAGCCACGACAGUACUGCCGCUAUACCUCGCCCACUCGGAACCGAGACCAUCAUGUAUCUAUCUCACCGCGACGAAUCCGCCGACGCUACUGUUCUCCAUGCUGCAGGAUGGCCUGUUGUUCCUCGGUCCCUGUUCUACCGAUACGGAACCUCUGGUCGUACUCGAGUUCCUACACCGCGUUGCCGAUGCGCUUGAAGAGUUUUUGGGCGCACCGCUGUUAGCGAGUAAGCUGGAAGCCAACUACGAUGUUAUUGCCCAAGUGUUGGGCGAGAUGUGCGACGGAGGCUUGAUUGGAGGUACCGAAGCCAACGCGCUUAGAGAUGUCGUGGAUACUCCUACGUGGAUGGGCAGGUUAUUGGGAGGUGUAGGACUACCUGGCACUUCUCCUGCUUUGGGUCCUUCUCAGACACCCUUCUCUGGCAUGGGGAGCGGUGGUAGCGGCAGCCUUACUCCAACACUAUCCACAGCUGGUUCUCAGAUCCCCUGGCGUAGGAACAACGUCCGUCAUACAAGCAACGAGAUGUACGUCGACAUUGUCGAGACUUUGUCCGUCACCUACGCUCCCUCAGGACGCCCUCUAGCCGCUUUCGCCAACGGCAGUAUCGCAUUCACGAGCAAGGUUUCAGGUGUCCCUGACCUACUGCUGAGCCUACGAGCUGGUAGUGGUCCUGGCGCAGAAAAGGUCAAGCGUACAAUGGAAAGACCUGUAUUUCAUCCCUGCGUACGACUAGCCCGCUGGAGAGACCAUGCCGAACUGAGCUUCGUACCGCCAGACGGUCGUUUCGUACUCGCAGGCUAUGACGUUGAUCUGCUAGAUCCUUCAGCAUCUCCCCUAUCCGCCAAAGCACAAGACCUAAACCUCCCCGCCUCAAUAGAGAUUAAGACUGGUUUGGGCGCCACAGGCUCAGACUUCGAAGUCCGUCUAACGGUGAGCCAUCGCUUCUACACUGGCUCCACAGGCGCAUCCUCCAGCUCGGGAAUCGGAUCAGCAGCAGCAUCAAGUCUGUCCAACAAUCUAGGCGCCCGCCCCUCUACUCUCCGUGGCAAUUCCGGCGAGGCAAAAGCACCUGCCCUCGAAGACUUGACAGUCAGCAUCCCCAUCUCCUCCUUCGUCCGCAAUAUCAGCGACUUGCGCGCCACCAAAGGAGAAGCCCAUUGGAGCCCUGGCGAUACCGCCAUCGAAUGGAAGAUCUCCGCCAAGGAAGCCGCUGCCAUCAGUAGUGCAGGCUGCGUUCUCCGCUGCUCCGUCGUCGGCGAAUCCGAAGACGACGAAAUGGGCACCUCCCUCUCCAACGGCAUGAAAGCCAGCACGUACGACUACGACGAUGAUUAUCAAACCGACACCCCCAAGCCCAAAUCAUCCAGCAACAAUACCGCCAAUAACGCAGCAGGAGAUAAGAAAAAGACAAGACAGAAUGCAGUUCUCAUGCCUGGAUCUGCUAGUUUGAGUUUCGGCGUCAAGGGAUGGUUGGCCAGUGGGUUGAAAGUGGAUAGUUUGGUUAUCGACACCAAGAGAUCUAAAGGGCUUGGUGAGGGAGUCAGACCGUAUAAAGGUGUCAAGUAUUUGACGGUGUCGAGGAAGGGUAUUGAGGUUAGAUGUUGAGAAUAUUCUCGUACAGAAUCAAUUGCGCCUUUGCAACUCGACAUACAAACUAUCGUUGUUGUCACAAGUACACUCUGGGAAGAACUCUACCUUUGAACGGAGACUCGGAAUUGGAUAUUCGAGAGAGUAUGGCAGACACCAUCGAAGUCAUCAGUCUGUGAGCAAAUGAGCAAGAAACGAUGAACUUGGAAGAAAGAGGAACAAUUUAGACAAGCGGAUGAACCUGAUAUCCCCGUCCUCCAGACAUCCAACACUCUUAAUCGGCGAACUGUUAAAAAAAAUGCACAAUGAAAACAGGUCC